AUGAAUAAACAAUACGAUAUUUCUGAUUUCUCUACCGCCGGGAGGAGAGGAGCGUGGCUCUCACCUCUCCCCGCCAUGGCGUGUGCUCGUCCGCUCAUAUCGGUGUACUCCGAAGGGGAGUCGUCCGGCAAAAAUGUCACUUUGCCCGUGUUCAAGGCUCCCAUCCGGCCGGACAUCGUGAACUUCGUGCACACCAACCUGCGCAAGAACAACAGGCCCUAUGCCGUCAGUGAGCUGGCAGGUCACCAGACCAGUGCUGAGUCGUGGGGUACUGGCAGAGCUGUGGCGCGAAUUCCCAGAGUGCGAGGUGGUGGGACGCACCGAUCUGGCCAGGGUGCCUUUGGGAAUAUGUGCCGAGGAGGCCGCAUGUUUGCACCAACCAAAACCUGGCGCCGUUGGCACCGGAGGGUGAACACGACCCAGAAGCGGUACGCCAUCUGCUCUGCCCUGGCUGCGUCAGCCUUGCCAGCGCUGGUCAUGUCUAAAGGUCAUCGUAUUGAGGAAGUGCCGGAACUUCCUCUGGUGGUCGAAGAUAAGGUUGAAGGCUACAAGAAGACCAAGGAGGCAGUUCUGCUGCUGAAGAAACUCAAGGCCUGGAAUGACAUCAAGAAGGUGUACGCCUCUCAGCGGAUGAGGGCUGGCAAGGGCAAAAUGCGAAACCGCCGGAGGAUCCAGCGCAGGGGGCCCUGUGUCAUCUACAGCAAGGACAAUGGCAUCGUCAAGGCCUUCCGGAACAUCCCUGGGAUCACUCUGCUCAACGUGACCAAGCUGAACAUCCUGAAGCUCGCUCCCGGCGGGCACGUGGGGCGCUUCUGCAUCUGGACGGAGAGCGCCUUCCGGAAGCUGGACGACUUGUACGGCACUUGGCGUAAAGCUGCGUCCCUCAAGAGCAACUACAACCUUCCCAUGCACAAGAUGCUCAAUACAGACCUCAGCAGAAUCUUGAAGAGCCCAGAGAUCCAGAGAGCGCUCCGAGCACCACGCAAGAAGAUCCACCGCCGGGUCCUGAAGAAGAACCCGCUGAAGAACCUGAGGAUCAUGUUGAAGCUGAACCCGUACGCGAAGACCAUGCGGCGCAACACCAUCCUGCGGCAGGCCCGGAACCACAAGCUCCGUGUGGAGAGGGCGGCCGCGGCACUGGCAGCCAAGUCCGACCCGAAGGAGGCCCCAGCCAAGAAGAAGCCUGUGGUGGGGAAGAAGGUGAAGAAGCCAAGGGCCGUGGGCGUCAAGCAGAAGAAGAAGCCCGUGGUGGGGAGAAAGGCCACUGCCGCCAAGAAGCCGGCCGCCGACAGGAAGGCCGGCCCGGAAGACAAGAAGCCUGCUGCCUAACGUGGCAGCUCGUUUAUCCUUGGCCACUUAUUUUGGAAAAGCCCUAUGAGAGAUGGUGCGAAACACUGGGUUGUAUGACUCUUAGUACAGAGUACAGAAGCCCACUACCAAGGCUACUUUAUCUGAAUAAAGGCCCUGUCAGAGACGGUGCAAAACACUUA